AUUACAUAAUAAUGUCAAUCAAUUCAUCACACAUUUCAGUAUAAGUAGGUCCAAAUUAUGAAGGUGAAGGAGCAUGGAGUUUAAGGUAAUGAAGGAUAUAUAAAAUUAAGUUUAAAAGCACUUAUUAAUAAAUAAGCUGCAACAUAACAAUUGGAGUAGCUAUAGAAAUAAACAGGUGGUAAUUUAGAUACAGAAUGGGGAGUUGUAUUUGCAUUGAAAACAAUUGAUGGCAAAGCUUAAGAAUUAUAGAAUUUUUUAAAGGAUAAAUUGAAUCCUUUAUUAGAAGAAGAAGGGUUUCAAUUUAAGACUCACUGUGAAGGAUCAACAUUAUGGUUGUCAAUUUAAUUAAAACCAGAAGAAAUGGAAGAAGUUAAAGAAGGAUUCAAUAUGGUCUUUGCUUAAGGUAAAGAUAUAAUUUAUUUAAAAUAACAUCAGGUCUUGAAGAAUUUGCUGAUAAAAAUGAAAAUUCAAUCUAAAUGUUAUUAUCAUCUAAUACAGAUUUUACAUUUGCCAGUGAACUUCUUAAAAAAGGGGAUAGAUUCAUGUCAGUCAUUAUGAAGAGUCUUAAAUUUGUUAUGAAAUUUGAUCUUGCUUAAGAAUUAGCAUAAACUAUUAAAAAUGUUCUUGAAAAUAUUGAACCAGAUGCUGCUAAUGAACCUCCUAUGAGUUUGUUUCUUAAGUUUAAGAAUUUCAAAAUUGAUUUAGAAUUCAAAAGUUCCGAUGAUUGUCCUGAAUUUAUUAGAUAAAAUGGAUUCUUUGGAAAAAAGAUUUAAAAAUGGAUUUAAGAAGGAGAUGCAGCAGUUGAAGAUGAAUUAGCUAUAGCCAUCUUAAAAUAAAUUUAAGAAGUAAUUAUAUACAUUUCAUUCUAGAAUUUACCAAAUGUAGAAACUGAUUUCUAUUUUACAAUUCCAAACUUUGUUGCUCUUAGUGGAAAUGCUAAAUUACCAGGUCUUGGUCAAUUCUUAUUAGAAUAUGGAAACAUUAUAGACAAAUUGUGAUAUCAUUAAGAUAUAUCAUUGUUAAAAUAUAUACAUAAUUCAC